CGUGUCCCCCACCUGUGGAAAGAGAUAACCAAAGAAAAAACCAGCUGACCUGCAUGAGGUGGAGCAAUGCUGUGAAGAGAGGAGUGUUUCACAGUCAGUGACAGUUUCACUCUUUGUCUCUCUCAGCAAACAACUUCAGGUCAACAGUCGCCUACAGUGGAGCCUCUAAGUUCAAACAUGGCAGCAGCCAGCAGUCUCCUCUCUGAAGAUCAGUUUCUGUGCUCCAUCUGUCUGGAUGUGUUCACUGAUCCAGUCACCAUACCAUGUGGACACAACUUCUGCAAGACCUGCAUCAAACAUCACUGGAAUAUUAAUGACCAGACUCAGUGUCCUGUAUGUAAAAAACAGGUUGAUAGAAGACCUGAACUGCAUGUCAACACUUUUAUAUCUGAGAUGGCUGCUCGAUUCAGACAGUCAGUUAAAAUAAAAGCCAGCAGCAGCUCACAGCAGCACCGAGCAGACACAGGAGAAGUUCUCUGUGACGUCUGCACUGAAACCCAGACGAAGGCCCUGAAGUCCUGCUUGGUGUGUCUGGCCUCCUACUGUGAGACUCACCUGGAGCCUCACCAGAGAGUCACAGGCCUGAAAAUACAUACACUGAUUGAUCCUGUGGAGAACCUGGAGAGCAGGAUGUGUAAGAAGCAUAAUAGACCUCUGGAGCUGUUCUGCAAGACUGACCAGAUGUGUGUGUGUCAGUUCUGCACUGAGUCAAGUCACAAGAGACAUCAUGUCAUUUCUCUGAAAGAUGAAUAUGAAGGAAAGAAAGCUAUACUUGGAAAGAUAGAGGCUAAAGUUCAGCAGAUGAUCCAGGAGAGACGACUGAAGAUCAAGCAGUUCAAAAAGUCAGUGGAGCUCAGCAAGGAAGAUGCAGAGAAACAGACAGCAGCGAGUGUGCAGGUCUUCACUGAUCUGAUCCAGUCUGUUGAGAGAAGUCUGGCUGAUCUGAUUGAGAUGAUUAAAGAGAGGCACAACACAACAGAGAAACAGGCAGAAGGCUUCAUCAAAGAGCUUGAAGAAGAGAUCUCUGAGCUGAUGAAGAGAAGCUCUGAGCUGGAGCAGCUCUCACGCACUAAAGACCACCUCCUGCUUCUCCAAAGCCUCCUGUCCUUGAAUCCGUUUCAACCCACCAAGGACUGGACAGAGGUCAGAGUUCACUCAUCAUGUGAGGGCGCUGUUAGGAGUACUGUGACUCAGCUGGAGGGGACACUCAGUAAAGAGGUUAAAAGGUUGUGUGCCAACCUUGAGGUGAAGAGGGUCCAGCAGUUUGCAGUGGAUGUGACUCUUGAUCAUGAAACAGCAAAUCACCAUCUCAUCCUGUCUGAUGAUGGGAAGCAAGUCAGUUAUGGUGACGUGAAGCAGAAUCUUCCAGACAACCCAAAGAGAUUUUCUUUAUAUUCUGUCCUCGGAAAGCAGAGUUUCUCUUCAGGAAGAUUUUACUAUGAAGUCCAAGUCAAAGGGAAGACUGCCUGGACUUUAGGAGUGGCCAGAGAGUCUGUCAACAGAAAGGACACCUUCAUCACUUUGUCCCCAACAAAUGGCUACUGGACUGUAUGCAUGAGUAAAAGAAAUCAGUAUGAAGCCUGUGCUGGCCCUUCAAUCCAUCUCUCUCUCAAGUCAAAGCCUCAGAGGAUGGGGGUGUUUGUGGAUUAUGCAGAGGGUCUGGUCUCCUUUUAUGACAUUGAUGCUGCAGCUCUCAUCUACUCUUUUACUGGCUGUAGGUUCACUGAGAAGCUCUACCCAUAUUUCAAUCCAUGGCAUAAUAGUGACGGUAAAAACUCCACUCCCUUAACUAUUUGUUCCAGUUAUCACAGUGAUUAGACUAAUCAGAGUCACUGUCAUGUGAAUGAGCUAAAUCACCUCAUGGGUGUUUGAGUUUCCUGUGUUUUUUGUGGGGUUUUCUAUUUGUCUUUUUUAUGUUUCUCAAAAUCUGAAGUAAACACUGAAUUAUGUACAAUGUAAAUUUUAGACUGUAAAACUCUUCAGAUGUACUACAGAAUACCUAAAGAGAACGUUUGUCCAUCAAGGGUUAGUGCACUGUUGGUUCUGCUCCACUGAGAGGCGCCAGAGAAAUACUCAAGAUCCUUGGUGGAGCCUGUGUAGUGUCACUGGUUUACUCUCUGAGGGUUUGGGAGCUGUAAAAUCAGUCUCCAAAGAGUUUUAAAUAAAAAAAAGUUUCAUAAUUUGCAGAAAAAAUUAAUUGGAGACAACUCUUCUCCUGAUUUGAAAUUGGAAACUCAACAUUACAUUUUGGGUAACUCAGUUUAUUUGGAAGCACAACCAAAUUCUGCACUGAAUUCCCUGUGUGCCAAAAUUACAAUAGAUAU